UUCUGUCCCCGAUUCGUUGAGCGCGCGCCUCACAAUUCAACAGCUCCACAUAGCGACUUGCAAACAUUGAGUAAGAACAAUAUGACCGAAAAUUGUAGCAAGGUGAACAAAUUUGUCUAGCUGCUAUUAUUCAUGAAUUGGCUAGUUUAGCGACAGGAUGUAACACGCAGUUUAUUUCACUUAGAUAUAUAAUUUCGAUUAAUUGAACGUUUACCUGGAAAGCCUGAAUUGGUAGGUAUUGGAAUCUACCUACGAAGACGAAUCACUGACAAUCUUCCACAUUGAUAUUCAGAAACGUCAUCCAGUAACUCCUUACUUAUAGAAUACUUAAGUAUAUAGAUCAAUUGCACAACUUUUUAGGAAAUGCCAACUCACCUGUUGCCAUAUGUGGAAAGUCCAGAUGGACUUGGACAAGACAUUCUAAAUAUUAGUAGUGGUGCUAGCAUGCCAGGGUCUGGCUCCAGCAUGACUCCUCACAGUGCCACCAUCACUAACAAAGCCGAGGCUCAGCCCGAGGGAAGUCUGCUGGAAGUCCUGGACUGUGUGUUUUGUGACCAGACCUUCACACACCAAGAUGACCUGGGCCCACACGUCCUGACCCAGCACCCCACAACACUGUUCGAAACGACAGUUCUGCGUGUGGAGGCAGAGUUCUUGAUCCCAGGUGAGAGGGCCCGGUCCAAACCCAGGUUGCCAUCUGUGAAGGAGGUGGUAUUUAGCUGCGUUGUGUGUGAUCAGGCCACAGAGGGUGCCAGUGAGCUGGAGAGCCACAUGAGGACACACAAGGACUGUUUCACAUUUCACUGUAACUUUUGUGGCCGGCGGUUCAAAGAACCCUGGUUUCUCAGGAACCAUAUGAGGUUCCAUAAGGCUAAGGCCCAGCAGAACCUGGAUGGUCCAGUUAUUAUCAAUGAAGUCAUCCAAGACCAAGUCCCAGAGCCCGUAAUCACCCCUUACAAAAUGUGCUUUACCUGUGGCUUCUUUUUUCCCGAUAAACACCAUUUGGUGGAACACAGCAAAGUACAUAGUAAAGAAUUAGAGGCUGAUGAAAACAGAGAGAAGGAUAGACAGGAAGAUCCCCUCAGUCAACAAGGUUUUUUACAGGUACUCAACCUUCGCCCCCUCUCUGAGGAAAGUAGUAUACCAGAGAGAUCUUCUAGGGGGAUUGCCCAACUAGACCCUUUCAACACCUAUCAGGCCUGGCAACUUGCCACCAAGGGAAAGAUAGCAGUUUGUCCAAGUAUGGCUAAAGAUCUAGGCCUAAUCCAAGACCACAGCUCUAACAACGAGGACUCUGGCUCAGAUAAAGAACUGACAAACAUCUGGUCAGAAGGCCAAGAAGGUGACAAGUGUGUUAAAGACAACUUGGGUAGAGAACUGAGAUCCAGACAGACUGCUGGAGAGACCCCAUCACCAGAACCUGAUCAGAAGUCAAGUCGAAAUGACAAGCCGACGCACUGUGAGGACUGUGGGAGGACAUUCAGGACGUACCACCAGCUUGUUCUCCACUCCAGGGUGCACAAGAGGGAGAGGGGUGAGGAGGAGAGCCCCACCGCCUUCAUUGAUGGCAAGCUCUCCAGAGCAGGGUCCCCCAAAGAAGAGGGGUCUGAAGAAGGGUCAGAUGACGGAGCACCGGGAGAUGCCUUAUUUUCAGAUAAAAGUGAAGAUGGAUUUGAUCAAAUGAAGGUGAAACAUCUUGUGUCCUCCAGGGAGUGUAGUUACUGUGGCAAGACAUUCCGUUCCAGCUAUUACCUCAACAUUCACCUCAGGACCCAUACAGGUGAAAAACCAUACAAAUGUAUAUACUGUGACUAUGCUGCAGCCCAGAAAACCUCACUGAGAUAUCACUUAGAUAGACGUCACAAGGACAAACCUUACACUGACAUCCCCAAUAAGCCUGUGAUAUCUGUGCCAUCUCCCAGUGAGAGAGAAUUUGCCAGAAACGGAGACGACAAACGGGUCCCCAACCGAUCCAAACUGUGGCCAGCUCCCAAUGUCAGGCCUACAACCAAACCUUGUGCCAUUAUAAAACCAGAGGAUAGAUUUAAUAGCAUCGGUGUCAAGAUUGCCAGCCCACUUGCUCAAGUGAAUGCUGAGUAUGGGAAAUUGAUUUCUACGGCUGCUCACUCUUCUUCUGCACACAUAAAAUGCCCCGUACCUGUUAACCUGAAGAUGGAAGGACAGGAGACAAAACACCCCGUACCUGUUAACCUGAAGAUGGAAGGACAGGAGACAAAACACCCCGUACCUGUUAACCUGAAGAUGGAAGGAAAGGAAAUAAAUGAUGAGGGCUUCAGCGCACCCUUAAAUUUGUCCUUAAAAGUUUCACUUUCCAUCUCCGCCACCCUAAUACCAAGGAAUGUGUUGAUUUCCAAUGCCUGUUCGUCCUGUGCCUUCAGCACUAUGUAUCCAGAGGUCCUGCUCAUACACAAGAAGCUGCUUCACAAGGAGAAGUCUGACAUAACUAAGAAGAACAGAAGUCUAAAACUGAAGCGUUAUACUGGCUGCCCCCCUGCCCUUGAGGGCAAAGAUGUCACCCUGCUGCCUCUUGUAGAUCGGAGACACCCUCGCCGGACCAAAUCCCCAACCCCUCAGUCUCCUGGAAAACGUACAGGAAAGACUCACCCCUCCAACCCUCAUGGGCCUAAACAGUCUCUCAUCAAUGAACCCCGGAAGGCGAUGGGAGCCCUGGGCCUGGACAAUCAGCGGUACAGGAUGAUGAUGAUGCCGCCUACCACCAGCCAGGGCCAAUCCAGGUUUACAGAGCCAGCAGAACAAUCCAACACCAAUGGUAGAAAAUAUAGCAAACCUGUAAUGGAGAGACAGAGGCAGAGCCCAUCGGACAGCAGAGUGGCAAGCGGCUUAAGAAGCGGUCCUGUGAGGAGCGGUAGUGUUGUAAUCUGGCCCUCAGAUGCUGCCAGGCUAUGCCUCUCCAGCCGGUUUGGUAGUCUUCCCCCAAUGGACUUUGGUGGUGAACCUUCCAGUAAGAGGCAGAGAUUCUCUGUGCUCCCCGGAAGGGAAACAGACACUGUUGAUACUGGCUUUAGGAUGGAGGACAGGUACAACAGACUGCUUCCCUCAGGAAGAGAUGUAGCCUCUCCCUCUCACAGGCUGCAAGCCUAUGCCCCAGUCAAAGCGUCCAACCCUCCAGCCUCUGCAAGCAGCAGCAGCAUGGAGACUGACUGGAAUAUGAUCAACAUCCUCCGUUCCUACACCCCCAGUGACCUGGCCUCCCUCUACCAUCCCACUGUGGCUAACCCCAGUCAUGGAGUGCAGACAAACCCAAGAGGGAGUAGGCCAUUACUCUACCCAGCUAGUAUGCUACAGAGGAGAGCCUAUUCCAGACCCAUCAGUAAUGAAUGUAGUGGACCCACUGACGAAAGGGCUUAACUGUUCUAAUGGUAGGCUAUUGUUCUGGUUGACUUCACCAGCCAUGUUGUAAGUAACUUUGUCUUAAGUUUUGUGUUGAGAUAAAUAGAAUACAUUUGAUAGCCUUCCGUAGGUUUCAAAUACACUGAGAAGUUCAUGCUACAAUCGUCUUUUGAGAGUUUACCUGGAGGAAAGGCCUGACCCAUAAAUGACCUACCCCCACUGAUCUAUACACAUCCAUCUAAUAUAACAGUUGAGGUAGUUGACAAAUGACUGUUUGAAUAUCAUAUUGUUAUUGUUGCACUAGAUAAAACAUGUAUAAAUGAGAAGUGUUAAGAGGAAGUUACCUUUUGUUUAUUAAUACGCUGGUCUGUCUAAUAUGACAUACAGUCAGCAAUCAAAGGACCAUGUUUUUGUCAAAGCACUGAUGUUGGGUAGGGUUUUAUCUGACCUACAGCUUGAGUUCUUAGUUUACAAAACAAAAGCUGUAUAUUGACGUAUCUUGCCUCAAACUCAAUUUAUAGACUGUUGACGCUCAUAGUAGGCAGUUAUUUUUGUGAUGAUAUGAAGCUGCAGUAGCUAUCAUGUCUACUAUUGAGCCAGUGCAUAUUUGAGUUGGGAGCAACAUGUCUGUGCUUAUAAGUAGUAGUUAUUCACUGGAUAAACAUGAUCAGAGCCUGAAGCCAGGGAUUCCUGCUACUGGGUAUUAUGUGAAAUGUACAUAGAAAAGGCUGCUUGUUCUGUUCUGCCUAUGGAUUCCUCACAACCGACUAUGCUGUAACAGUGGUAAAACAUGGACCGAAUAUCUGAGGGAUUCCAGUUUUUGUGCGCACAAAUACUGUUCAGAUGUUUCUUUUUUUAGAUCGACUGUUUUUCCAAACGGUAUUCAGGACUCUGUUCAUGUUAUGCAGGAUCUUAAGAUAGUCUUUUGCCUUAGGUUGGAUUGUGUUAACUUGUCUGCCUGCUUUGAAGCUGUGGUCAACUACUUGUUGAUUCUGUAUAUAAGUCAGGGAGAGCAGAGUGAAAGCCUUACUGCAGGAAUAGCUCAACUGAAAAAACAAUUGUCUCAGGUUUCAGAACUCAAUUUGGGCUCUAUGAUUCUACUUCAUUUAUGCAUUAACUGUUACAAAUUAAUGCACAUGGUGUAGGAAGCGUUCUGAAUUUUUCAAGCAAUUUGGGCACACCAGACCUCUGUUAUUUCAUAUUUUGCUAUUAUAAUUUUUAAGGUGUUAUUUAUUUCUGUACAUUUUUUGUUUUCUCUGUGUGUGUGUGUGUGUGUGUGUGUGUGUGUGUAAUGUAAAAAUAUAUCGCUCAAGAGUUGUAUGACUAUCACCAUGAGUCAAUGACAUUUGGGGCAUAGACGAGUAGUGUUAUAAUAUUUGUUUGUGCUGUUUGAAAAUGUCUACAGGUAUCUUUCCAAGUCUUACUAUAGGCCUACCACCUUCCUGUUUAUGUAACCUUGAAACAACUUUUAGGACUUUUUUUUUUUCGUCACUGGAAAUGGACUGUUUCAGACUUCUCCUUUCCUGCUUUCAUAAGCAAAUGGUUAUUAAGUUAUCAUUUAAAUCUAAGUUUGGUUUAUGUAUUAGCCUAGGUAAUUAUUGUGACGGAUACUGGACUUAACCUGGUUAGUUGAAUUUACUCCGAUUUGUCUGCCUAUGCUGCUCUACAGUACUUUAUACAGUGAUUUCACCCAGUGUGGUUUACGUUUGCCUAAUAAAUGAUAGCCAUGUCAAUACAUGCAUUCAUUUUUUUCUUCAGUGUUCACUUUUCUAUGUUGUGAUCUCAUUGUUUGGUCUUUUGACUUAGAUCAAGUGUAAUUGUUGUCUUGAGUAGAGGGAUCGAAUAAACAUUCACACUCAGACCUUCAGUCUGCAGAAAUGAAA